AGGCGCCCGGCGCAGAGGACCCGGGAGGAGGUGGAGGCGCGAGAGCCAGGACUGCUGGCCCGCCGGCGCUCGGCAGUGCCCGCACCAUGGCGCCCGCCGCUCUCUGGGCCGCGCUGGCCGUCGGACUGCAGCUCUGGGCCGCGGGGCGCGCCGUGCCGGCCCAGGUGGUGUUUCCCCGCUCUGUCCCGGAGCCCAGCAACUUGUGCCAGCCAAGAGAAUACUACGACGAGAGGGCCCAGAGGCGGUGCAGCCAGUGUCCACCCGGCUGCCGCGCAAAAAGUUUCUGCAACGAGACCUCAGAUACGGUGUGUGUCCCCUGCGAGGACAGCACAUACACCCAGCUCUGGAACUGGCUCCCCGAGUGCCUGAGCUGUGGCUCCCGCUGCAGCACCGGCCAAGUGGAAACUCAAACCUGUACUUUGAAGCAGAAUCGCAUCUGCACCUGCGAGCCGGGCAGGUACUGCAUACUUCCAAGGCAGGAGGGGUGCCAGGUCUGCGGGCUGCUGCGCAAGUGCCCGCCCGGCUUCGGCGUGGCCAAGCCAGGAACUGCGACAUCAAACGUGGUGUGUGCUGCCUGUGCCCCAGGGACGUUCUCCGACAGGACGUCGUCCACAGAUACUUGCAGGCCCCACCGGAACUGUAGCUCGGUGGCCGUCCCCGGCAAUGCCAGCAUGGAUGCCAUCUGCAAGUCUGUGCUUCCCACCCCGAGAGUGGCCUCGGAGCCAGCCUCUGUGCCCCAGCCAGGGUCCACGAGAUCCCAUCACGCGGAGCUGACCCGCGGGCCCAGCACAGCUCCUGGCACCUCCCCCCUCCCCCCGAUGGUUCCAAGCCCCCCAGCUGAAGGGCUCAUCACUGGCAACUUCUCCCUUCCAAUUGGGCUGAUCGUGGGAGUGACAGCCUUGGGUCUGCUAGUAAUUGGGCUGGUGAACUGUGUCAUCAUGACCCAGAAGAAAAAGAAGUCCUUCUGCCUGCAAGGAGAAGCCAAGGUGCCUCACCUGCCUGCUGAUAAGGCCGGAGGGGCUCCGGGCCAGGAGCAGCAGCACCUGCUGACCACGGCGCAAAGCUCCAGCAGCAGCUCCCUGGAGAGCUCAGCCAGCACCGCGGACAAGAGGGCGCCCACGGGGGACCAGCUGCAUGCCCCAGGCACGGGGAAGGCCAGCGGGCCUGGGGAGGUGCGGGCCAGCUCCAGCAGCUCAGCCCUCCGUCUCCCCUGCCUGCUUGGGGCUCUUCUAAGCAGAGCAGCUACCCGGCCCCGUCCUCCUCCCAGGCCGCUCUGGAGUCUGGACGACAAGCGGCCAGCGCUCCCCACACCCCGGCCACCACGUUCGUUGGCCCCAGCAGGUCCCACAGACCCGGGAGCAGCAGCAGAGCCUUCCUCUGGCAGCCACGGGACCCAGGUCAACGUCACAUGCAUCGUGAAUGUUUGCAGCAGCUCCGGCCACGGCUCGCAGUGCCCCUCCCAGACCAGCUCCACUGCGGGGGACACGGAUGCCAGCCCCUCAGACUCCCUGAAGGACGAGCAGGUCCCCUUCUCCAAGGAGGAAUGCCCUUGUCAGUCCCAGUCGGGGGCUUCAGAGACUCUGCUGCAGAACCCAGAGGAGAAGCCCCUGCCCCUUGGCGUGCCCGAGGGAGGGGUGAAGUCGUUAACCAGGCCAGCAAGGGAUGCGUCACAGCCGAGAGGCGCUGAUCUCUGGGCCUUCUAGGCCCCCAGCCCCAGGACUCUGGCUCUUUCUGGGCCAAAUUCCUUUAGCGGCCUCCAGCCUCAGCCUUCCUCUCCCCUGCAGGCAGAGGGACGAGGCAGGGAGAGUCGUGGAAAGCUCUCCCGUCAUGGUGCGCGUCCCUCCCAGAAGGCUAGCUGGGCAUGGACCUGCUGGGCAGCCCGGGGCGAGCCCUGCCUCUCUGAGAGCUGCCCCCAGCCUGUCCUGCGAGCUUGGCUUCUGCAGCCCUUGUUGAGAUCUUCCUCCCUGGGCCUGCUGGGGCGGAGGGGUGCCGUGUGUGCCAUCUGUGGAGCAGGGCAGUGGAGGAAGGGCAGCGCCUUAGCCUGGAUGCUGGGACUGCGGGCCGGUCCCAGCGGGGGUGGGGGUGUCAUCCACCAGAUGGUUCUGUGCCGGGCGGGGCUGGCAGUCCCUGUAGGGCGGUCCCCCAGGUUCCUCAGGACCCUUGAAAAGCACCACCUCCAAUCCGUUCCUGCCAGCUCCACCUCUUGUACAGUGGUGUGAAAACCAGCUGCGCAGAGGCCCAGGCAGGCAAGCGGAAUGAGGGCCCCGGCCGGGGCAAGAUGGCAAACCACUAACCGAUAGUCUUCCACUUUUAACAUGUGGCAAUUAAAAAGAAAAAGGAAGCCCCAUGAAGGCAACCAAGCCAACCACAUAACAAAGCCAAACUCAAGAGUUUGUGUCCUCUGCCUUUGACCUUCGUUUCAGGUCCCCCCAGCUCCGGCCCCUGCUCCCUGCUGUGUGGGGUGGGUUCUCCCAUCAGGGAGUUUCAGGAACUGGAGAUGACUGAGGCCCGCAGCCAUCUCUCUCCUCCUACCUCAGCCUGGAACUUUCUCCUUUGCCUCCCGAGAGGCUGCUCCUGUUUUCCCUGACCCCCUCCUGCUGUUCCUGGAGGCCCAGCCCCAGGGGAGCCAUGGGGCCGUGUUGGUACUGUGUCCGCUGCGAUCCCAAGUGGAUGUGAGAUGCCGAGAGCCUGUCUUGUGUGUGUGUGUCUGUGUCACGUUGUGGGUCUGUGUAGCCAUGUUGUCGGGUUGAAUAGCCUGCCUGAAGCAGCUGAAGCUGACAAUUCUGCCAAAGGAUUCCUUCAUUAAAGAGGCACCCCUCUCCCCCAACACACACCCCCGAGACCCUGCAGAGGGUGGACAAAUGUGACCUUGACCAGAUUCUGAAGGAAGGUGGGUGGGGACUCCUUGAGAAGGCAGUUGGGUCCCAAGCACUUGGAUCCCUUGUUGAAAAAUUCCACUGGACUUGAACUUGGCAGCUGAACCUUUGGAGGGUGGGAGAGUCCAGCCAUUACAACGGAGGUGGGAACGGCUUCCACCCUGGAAUGGGGAUAUCAGCUGCCUGGACUGGCUGGGGUCUCGGCCCACGUUCGACCCUGCAGGGCGAUGGGGCAUGUCUGCCCCCUGGUGGACAGUCCUGGGAGGACCUCGGCCACACUGUGAUCUCCCUGCAGAGCCAGGAAACUGGAGAUCGGAAGGAGACCCUUUCUGGGUGUGGCCUCAGUUGCCCAGCUGGUGUUGAUGCCCAGACAAUGAGUUUGCACUGUUGCUGGACAGCAUCCUUGCUUAUCAAUAAACCUUUUGUUUGUUGUA